CAAAACGUGAAUUAAGUGAUCACCAUAAAAAUGAAAAGGCUGUCAUUAUUAUUCGUAUUUUGUGUUGUUUGCAAGGCGCAAACUAGGUAUAACUAUGAUAAACCGAACGUUGGAUUGAACAUCGCUAGUACCAGUAAGCCCGGAUUCGAUGGAACAAUUCCAAUAAAUUACCCAUUGCCAUCAAAUUUUGGAGGAAUUGUAGGAACUACUACACCAUCAUAUCAAAUCGAAGGCACGGCUUAUUCUACAAGUAAACUUUCUGGACCUUCAAUCAAUCAAGCAGAGUCUAUUAGUCUCGCCGGAAGCAUCGGUCAUCCCUCAGUAGAACAGGCCAAUUUUGCUGGAAGCACAUUCCCUGGAACUGCUAGUGGAACUGGAUCUAGUGUCUCUGCUCCUGGUUAUUCUGGCGAUAGUUCAAGAUUCGUAGAUUUUGGAUCCCGUUCUGGCAAAGGACAAGCCAGAGUUGAUUCCAACAUUCAACUUGGACUUAAACUUGAGGAGCAAAAUGAUAUAAGAGACUAUUCUGCAAUUCCUGGUGAACCAGGUACAGAUUAUCCAUUUUUUUCCGAAAUACCUGCAACAUCUUUUGACUGCAAACAACAACCAUUCCCUGGAUAUUACGCUGAUGUAGAAGCUCAAUGCCAAGUAUUUCAUAUAUGUGUCGCCAACAGAACCUAUGAUUUUCUUUGUCCUAACGGCACAAUAUUCAGCCAAGACCACUUUGUAUGCGUCUGGUGGAAUAUGUUCGAUUGUGUUAAUGCUGCUAGCUUGUAUGACAAAAACGCCAAUUUGUAUGAUUAUUCACAAACAGGGCAUCGAGCAGUCAAUGGAUUUCCGGGAUCGCCACCAACUUCAGGUGCUGGUGCUUUAGGACCAACUGGUACUGCUUCAAUAACUGCGUCGUAUACAGGUCGACCACAAGUGACGCGCCCUUCUAGUACAUCAAACGCGGUUUACAUGGGUGCAACGAAUAGUAUACCGAUGGCUAUAUCAGGAUAUCCGACUAAUCCAAUCGGAAGUUACGUGGGUGCGCUAUCUGGUACAGUUUUUCCACCAGGUGCACAAGUUCCAGCCAUUCUUCCAACAGGUUAUUCAACUGCAAAUAUUCCGUCGACUACUUCCUUUUUGAGUGGACCAGGCCAAUCAGGAUUUUCAAUUUCCGGACAAACAGACGGAAAGUUUUCGUCAUCACUACCUCGAGAUUACUUGCCACCUAGGUAAGGUUAAAUGCAAGUUUCUUGGAUUUCUAAGGUGAUUCGUCUUUGGCAGUAAGUAGGUGAGAAGUAUGGUACGCGCACAGGAGGCUGCGUGAAAGAAAGAUGACAGCGAACAACAUACGGAAAUCCAAGCAUACAAAAAUCAUGAUCAAGACAUAUUAUCAUAACUAGUAUAUGAUGUUAUCUGACGUUUCGGAAACAAAACAGAAACCAACGGCGUGUUUGAUGAUCGCCUAACCCGAUAAUAAAAGCUCCUUGGUUGAAUCUAUAUUAACCCAUCAUAACCCAGCUAUGUUAAAACUUUUGAUAAUUUAUAAAAUACUUCGUGAGCCCUCAUAUUAUGCCGAAUUAAGAAUGGAAAAAAUAAAAUAACCUCUUUGAAACUUUUGUUGCGCGAAAAACAAACGUAUGAAAUUUCAUACGCUGGGCUGAUAGGGUAUCAACAAAUCAUUACAGAGAAAUUUCGCCUAAUAUCCUUAUAUUUAGCAUAAAAUCGAAUAAUAUCUUCAACCUUUUUUGAAUGAUUUUAUCACUUCUCACCUCUUUCGUGCCGUUUUGUCGCAUGAUUGGUACGUUGCAUCAAACCAUCUUUCCCUCAAUAUUUGCAAUUAUUUUACGAAAAAGAACAUUUUCUUACAAGAAUUUACAUAAAAAAAUAUUCAUUUGUUAACAUUGAAAGCACUGAUUCAACGUUAAAAUCAGCGAGAAAGUUGUGAAUCCCCUCCGGAUCCUAAAGAGGAAAUAAUUUUACCAUAGGAAAAAAAGAUAUCGGUGCAGCCUAGCGCAUGAAAUUUCUUACCUUGAACUACCAGCAGAAUUUUUGCAAUUGUUUCACCAAUUUCUUCAAUUUUUUUUCGCACUGAGCCGCAUCUUUCACACCUCUCAUGGCCAUUCAUUCUCAAUCCGAAACAAGAAUUAGUGAUUUAGAAGAGAAAUUUAAUAUGUAUAAUUUGGUUUGAAUUUUGUCCAACUUGGCCAUUCGAAAACACAAUGGAAUUUUAUAAAAAAAAGAUUAUUAAGCAUACACAUUAUAAAUUAUAGGAUAUUAAUCAACGUUCACAGAAGACCAGAAGUUUGAAGGCGUUCCUUUAUUGUAUAACAAGUAUGAUCCUGAAAUGUGUUGUGUUUGCGUAUGAAAUUUCAUACGCUAGGACAUAAUGGGUUAAGACUAUACGUCCAUAGGAAUAAUGCUGGUAAGCAAAUACACAAACUAAUGUUAUUAACACAGACAAACAGAUAUAAGAUUAUGAGAUAAUUUAUAACAAAAUCGUUCCACUCAUUUUGCCAGAACACUAGCUACACCUUUUGUACAUGGUCCUAAUCACAAUCAUAUGGCUUAUCUGUCAUGUUCGGUAAUAAUUUUCCACAAGUGAUCCUCCGUACACUUGCGCAUAUUGCAUUAGCACCAUCACCGAAUAUGCGACAAGUAUUAAAAUAUAAAAAUGACUGUUGAAGCUAGCGAAGAAUUAUUUGCAUGUUAUUUUUGUUAGUCUGUGCAAUAAAUAGAAUGGUUUAUAUAAGAGAAGAACUGUCAACGAAAUUUGCAGCUUUUUGUAAUUACAAUUUUGAGAAGGGCACACAAUUAUAACAAAGGAAGUAGUCUAAUUCGAUUUCAUUUAAUUUCUUUAAUGUUAAAGGGACUAUUGAAUGGGUUUAUUUACUGAUGUGAAGCUAAUUAUUAGUGCAAUAUUGAAUAUAAGCAAAAAUAAAAAAAAUCAUCUCAGUGAUGUAGUUAAAAUUUUGCUGUUCUAGUUAUUAUGAGCUAAUUGUGGUAUAAGAUUACUAUCCGAACACACAAA